AUCGCGGUACUAUCUAGUGGACUCAAGUUGCCGGGGGGAGACCCAUUGAAGAACCCAUAACCCAUACAUCGUCAUACCGCAAACUCAUGCCCACGAAUACUGACACAUUCGCAUUCUAUAUUCCAUUUCGUAUAAAUGGAAACUGCUCGACGCUGCAGCGGACAGUUUCGGUUAGCAGCUGACACUAAUUGGAUCCAGCUGUGGAAUAGCCUCGACUUCUGGCUGAGGAGCACUUCUGGAGACGGGAAUACACUGGGAAAAAAACGAGUUUCAAGAGCUCCCCCAAAAAAAUGCAGAUGAUCUCGGUGAGCCUGCUGAUCCUCAUCGGCUCCCUGCUGAGUGCCUCGGCAGACAUCUCCUCCCCGAUCAUUGGAGUUCUCACUCAGGAAGUCUACACAGAUGGAUUGAUCUCCCGGUACUUUGAUAACAAGACCAGCUACAUAGCCGCCUCGUAUGUGAAGUAUCUAGAGGGAGCUGGAGCCCGGGUUUUGCCAAUUUGGAUCGGGCGCAAUCGCAGCUACUACGAAGAUGUCAUGAAAAAGAUAAAUGGAGUUCUGCUGCCCGGUGGUGCCACGUGGUUCAACCAGACCAACGGUUAUGCCGACGCAGGUGAACAUCUCCUCCAGCUGGCGGUGCAACUCAAUGACGAGGGCACCUACAUGCCAGUUUGGGGCACUUGUCUGGGAAUGGAGCUAUUGGUUUACAAGUUGGCCAAGGGCAGAGAACAUCGGAUUGAUUGCGCUGGAAAGGGCAUUGCCCUGCCCGUUGAGUUCAAAGAAGAUUAUAAAAAGAGUCGGCUCUUCACCUCCAUCAGUGAUGAAGUAGUGUCGGCUAUGGUCCAAGAAAAUGUGACCUAUCACUGGCAUCAGUUUUGUUAUACAGAGAAGGACUUUGAGGAGGAUCUCUUGAAUGAGACGUGGCGAGUUAUAUCCCUGAAUCAUGACUGGAAUGGCAUCGAGUUUAUUUCUACCAUUGAGCACGUGGAGUACCCCUUCUAUGGAGUUCAAUUCCAUCCGGAGAAGCCUCUCUACGAGUUCACAAAGACGAGCAUUCCACACAACGCUGCCUCAGUUAUAGCUGGUCAAUACUUUUCGGAUUUCCUUGUGAGUGAGGCCAGGAAAAGUAAUCAGAGCUUCGCUAAUGCCACAGAGGAGGCCUUGAGAUUGAUCUACAACUAUAAGCCGGAGUAUACAUCGAUCUUGGGAUCCAGUUACAUCCAGCAAUAUUUGUUCACCAAUAAGGAAAUGGGUUUGGAAGAGAUUCCUGAUAUUCCUGAUGAGGGUGGCGAUGGUGACGGAGAUGGCAACGGUGGACUAUAUCCCCCUAUCCCAUUAUUGUAGAUGGCGGGGUGGUAGCUCCGCAAUAUUACCUCUUUUCAGUGGGUUCCUCCUCACUUUGGUGAUCAUAUCAAUUAACUGAUUGCUGGCCAGGUUUGUUUUGGAAAUGAACCUUGGUCAUAGAUUUCCAUAUCUUGGAACUAAAUUUUUUUUAUCAACAAAACAAGACUUAUUACUAUGUUUAUACAUAUGUACGGAGAAGAACAUUUAUCUAUAAAUACUUUGCUUAUUUUAUUGUUUAUAGAAUUAAGCUUUUUGAUCGAUUUCAUAUUGAUAUCUGUUUUUUCUUUUUUUAUUAUCAAAGUAAACAAUUAAAAUUCUCUACGUCACUAAGAAUUUCUAAAAGUAAUUGCUUUGUUGCUACGUGUGAUUCAAUUAAAAUGAUUGUGAUUCAUUGGCAUUCAGAUAUUGGUAAUAACAGAAGCGCAUUUGAUAAGCCACUAUCUAUUAGGGUAGCUAAGUUUAUUUGAUUUUUGUACUAUUAGAAUUUGGUACUGGUAUGAUCAAUAUCUUUAAUGAUUUUGUAUAGCUU